ACACUUUGGGAUUUAUUUAUUAUUAUUAUUUUCUUGUUUGCUAUGGUCUCCCACCAGUGAUUUCAUUUCCAUACAGUGUAUAUGGACAAGCCUAUGACAGCUCCCCUGCUAACAAGUCAUUGAGGCUGUGGGCAUGGAGUAAGCUUUAUUCUGCCAAUUUGCUCAAAGUUUGAGGCUGCUGUACAUGGGAGGACUGCUGAGGAUUGCAUACUGUGGAUAAGUGUACUAAAAAGGAACGUUUCCUGGAAACUUCUCCUGCCCAUGUGAAUCACAGAGUGGAUCAGGAUAUUACGCAGGAAAUUCCAGCUACUCUCAGUGAAUAUUUCAUGGCUUGCACCCCCCUUUCACACCCCUGUUUAGAUACCCUGCUGGGUGUCUGACCCAGGCAGCUGUCCUACAUGCUCCUCGGGGCAUCCUGGUUGUGUACCUCCAAAGGACCACAGAGACCAUCCAAGGGGGAGGAGGAGGAGAGGAGACGGGAGAGGAAAGGCAGGAGGGAAGGGGGCAGUGGUGGUGGUGGUGGUGGAGAAGAGAUGGAUGAGUCCUCCUUGCUGGAUCUGCUGGAGUGCUCUGUGUGCCUGGAGAGGCUGGAUACGACAGCCCGGGUUCUCCCCUGUCAGCACACCUUCUGCCGGCGCUGUCUGCAGAGCAUAGUCAGCUCCAGGAACGAGCUGCGCUGCCCGGAGUGCCGCAUCCUGGUGGAUUGUGGAGUGGAUGACUUGCCGGCUAACAUCCUACUUGUCAGGUUGUUGGAUGGCAUCCGUCAGAGACCCCGGAGUAGCCCUACAGGAAGCCCCACGGCCACAGGACAUCACAGCAGCAGCAAUAACAGCAACAAUCACAGCAGCAACUGUGCCAGCCCAGGAUGUUCUGCAGCAGGGGGUCUGUCUACUGCCCCCAGCAAUGCCUCCUGCACCCCCAGCAUGAGAGACCUGGCCACUGCCAGCCAGAAUGGAAUUCUCGUGUCAAAGAACAUAUCACAACUUCCAUGUGGAAGAGCUCUCUAUACGUAUGAAGGUAAAGAACCUGGGGAUCUGAAAUUCAACAAAGGUGACAUCAUCAUUCUGCGACGGAAAGUUGAUGAAAACUGGUAUCAUGGAGAGCUGAAUGGAAACCGUGGCUUUUUCCCAGCCAGCUAUAUCCAGUGCAUAAAGCCUCUCAAUCAACCCCAUCCACAGGGCAAAGCACUUUAUGACUUUGAAAUCAAAGAUAAAGACCAAGAUAAGGAUUGCUUAACAUUUACAAAGGAUGAAAUUUUGACUGUGAUCAGACGUGUAGAUGAUAACUGGGCAGAAGGAAUGUUGGGAGACAAGAUUGGAAUUUUUCCGAUUCUGUAUGUGGAGCUGAACGAGACAGCAAAACAGCUCAUUGAGAAGGACAAGACGAGCAUUUCUUCAGUACCAGUCUAUGAUGUCCCUGUAUCAUUUGAUGCCAACUUGGUAGUCAGUGUGACUAAAAGCCCUACUUUAAACAGUUCUGGAGUGGUCAAUGCUAACCAGAGGCAUGUCGACAUCAAGAGGAAUACCAAGAAACGCCACUCCUUCACCGCCCUCAGUAUGACGCACAAAUCCUCCCAUGCCAUGAAUAAUAGGCACUCCAUGGAAAUUAGUGCUCCUGUUUUGAUCAGUUCUAGUGAUCCCCGUGCUGCUGCCAGAAUCGGAGGCUUGACUCAACUUUCAUCCAGUGCUCCAGUCCAGGAUUCAUCCACAUUUGGAUCUGUUUCUGCGGCCGGGGCGACUGGUCCGAAAGCAAGCACACUUAUUGGAGAGCAACAAACAGCAUCGCCAAAGGUUCAACUGCCCCUAAACAUAUACUUAGCCCUCUACGCAUACAAACCACAGAAGAAUGAUGAGUUGGAGCUCCGAAAGGGGGAGAUGUACAGAGUCAUUGAAAAAUGUCAAGAUGGAUGGUUCAAGGGUACAUCUCUCAGGACAGGAUUGUCGGGUGUCUUUCCAGGCAAUUAUGUAACUCCUGUUUCCAGAAUGCCUGCUGGACUCGUACAGACAAGAAAUUGCACCAUGGGAAUUCCGCUUACGACCAGAGGAUCUCCAUUGGCUACCCAAGUGUCCACCAGUGGACUGACAAACUGCACCAAUGUUGUUAGACCGGUUCUCCCUAUUACUGUGCCUCAGAUACAUUCACACCAAUCCCCAACAAAUUCUCAAACCACUAGUGGAAAGGUGUCUUCUCCACAAGUCGUCAACACAGCUCGUACUGCUUUACAGAUGGCACACUCUACAGCUCAAUCACAGGAGCGCCCCACAGCUACGGUUUCCCCAUUAAGGACUCAAAGUUCUCCAUCACGUCUUCCAGCCAACCUCAACAGGCCUCAAUCCACUGUGUCUCCACAACACAGCCCGCAGUCAUCUGUACAGAACUCCCCAGCCGUACACUGUGCAAGGCCUAUCAUUCCUUUGACAUCGGCUGCUGCUGCCAUUACUCCACCUAAUGUUACUGCAGCACACAUAAAUGGAGAGGCUGUCAAUGGACACAUCAGCAGCUUGAUGGCCGCUAGUCCUACACACACUGCCAGCAAAACAGAAGACAGAAAGAGAGAGAAGAAGAGUGGACUGCUCAAAUUGCUAGCUGGAGCUUCAGCAAAGAAGAAGUCUCGUUCGCCUCCAUCGAUCUCACCAACACACGACCCACAAGGCAUGUUAGAGGGUAUGAUACAUGGUGCAGUGGGACUUGAGCUUUCCUCUGUCAACAACCACGGGAGAGCAGGAUCAUGUCCUAUCGAGAGUGAAAUGCAAGGGGCAAUGGGAAUGCAUCCACUGCACAGGAAAACUGGCUCUUUAGAUCUCAAUUUUUCAAUCCCUUCUCCUGUUAGGCAGCCUGCUUGUGCAAUGCUAGCUGUCCGACCAGAACCCAAGCCUUCACCAAGAGAGAGAUAUAGAGUUGUAGUACCAUAUCCACCACAGAGUGAAGCAGAAAUUGAGCUCAAAGAAGGAGACAUUGUGUUUGUUCACAAGAAACGAGAAGAUGGAUGGUAUAAAGGCACUUUGCAGAGAAAUGGAAGGACAGGUCUAUUCCCUGGGAGCUUUGUGGAAAGCUUUUGAUCAUCGUGAUUGACAUCACCCAGCUUGUCUUUGAACUAAAGGAUUAUUUGUUAUCAUUUGUUUCAUAAAUUGUGUCUUUUGGUGAUCCACGAGCAAGAGAAUAAGCACAGAGCAAGCACAAAUCAAAAAAGCAAGGAAAUGUUUUAUCAGUUGCCAUUUGGACUCCUUCAGACUCCCUAAGAUACUCCUUCAGAUCUAAAGAUUCACAAGAUACUCCCUCAAAUCUGACCUUCAGAUAGUCAGAUCUAAAGAAAGCAAGACGCUUGAUGUCCUACCUGGAGAGAAUGGAUGCACACAGUGUUAUGUUAUAGUAGUGCCUUCCACAUGGAGUUGCAGACAAAGAGCAUACAGAUAUGGAUCAUUUUUGCAAACCAUACUCUAUAGCUGAUAUGUUAAAUGACUUUACUUUAAGAGUGUUUUAGUCUACAGUAAUUUAUUUAGGCAAAACGCAGUGUUCUUUUUAUUGGCUUUUGCAAAAAGAUAACACAUUUUUUAAAAAUUAAGCCAAAAGGGAAAUAUGAGAUUUUACAGUAACUUAAAGGGACAAGAGUCAUCCAAACAACUUUAGCUUAAUGAAGCAGUUUUAGUGUAUAGAUCAUGCCCGUGUAGUCUUUCUGCUCAAUUCUCUGCCAUUUAGGAGUUAAAUCACUUUGUUUAUGCAUCCCUAGUCACACCUCCCUGCAUGUGACUUGCACAGCCUCCCUAAACACUUCCUGUAAAGAGUAAUCUAAUGUUUACACUUCUUUUAUUGCAAAUUCUGUUUCAUUUAGAAUUCCUUAUCUUCUGCUCUGUUAAUAGCUUGCUAGACCCUGCAGGAGCAUCCUGUAUCUAACUAAAGUUUGAUUUCUAGAGCAGGAGAUAAAAAAACUUUUAAAGUAAGUUAUAUCUGAUUGAAAAUUAAGCCAUUUUGUUUUUAUGCAAACUGUGUGAGUCACAGCCAGGGGAGGUGUAGCUAGGUUGCACAAACAGAAACAAAAAUGAUUUAACUCCUAAAUGGCAAAGAAUUAAGCAGUGAUAUUUCAGGGGCAUGUUAUAUAAACCCAAACUGCUUCAUUAAGCUAAAGUUGCAUUGAUGACUAUAGUGUCCCUUUAAAAGAGAAAAUCAUUUACAACAACGACAACUGCUUUUUUGUAAUAACAUAUUUGCAUUAGAAUUAUUACCAAAUAUUGCCAAUUGUAUGUACGUUAGAUUGUAUUGAUAAUAUACAAUACUUAAAAGCUUAUAGAAUGAUGUUAAGACAUUUUAAUUGUAUUAUCCACCCAUUUAGCAAUCUAUACACACACAUGUAUCAAAAGACUGAAGCUUGCACGGGUUUGUGUUCGCUGCUGUUUUAUGUCAUUUAGUGUGCAUCAAAGGUACAGUUGAAAUAUUUAGUCCCAGAUAAAAGGUAACUGGUAAAAUUCUGAGAGUGUCCACAAUUGUGAUGUAAUCUACUUGUUUUAGGAUUCAGGUUAAAAAUGAUGUAUACUAUUUGCUAUAAAAGUUUAUAGCCACCCACAGCUAAUAUAUAGAAGCCACCAGUUAGAAACACGGGACAUCAGUGCAAUACUUUUGCUAAACCACACAUUACAAACUAUAAAAGUAACAACUGUCUGCCCUAGUAGAGCUUAAGUCAGAAAUGCAAACUCCAUUCAUAUUGUUUUAAUACACGAGAAAGCCAUCAUUUUCAAUGUUUUGUAUUUGGUGUUUUUUGUUUUUUUCAUUUAAUCAGAGACUCUAAAUUCUAACUACUAGACUCUAGAGCAGAAUGGUACUUGAUAUAUACACACACAUGGAUUAUCAUAUACACGGGGGCCAAGUAAAUGGGCUUAGCCUACACAUAUUAGGCUGUAUACUAGGGGCAAUACCGUAUCCAGGGUUGGUACUAACAGGCAUUUUUUCUACUUAUCUCAUGACUCUCUGGAAAAGGUGAAAAGAGGAAAGUGUCCUCCCUGAACUAAAGUGACAUCAUCUCUAGCCUAUAACUUAACAGACAGUAGAGAGAGCAAAAAACAAAUGUCCCCUUCUUACUUGAGGUCCACGUUAGCCCAUGUCAACUAAUUGUUUCAGAUGCCCAAGGUAGGAGUCGGUUGAGGUGGUAUUCAGAGAGCCAUUUUCAAAAUGACAGAGAUUCCAGAACUGUGAUGGAAUCAGCAAAGUCUACUGAGAUGCUAGGUCUAAUCAUAAAGAAACAAUAACUCUAAUACUCUAAUUUAUCUCAUGUACAGGAAGGGUUAGAUAAUUAUUUUGCUGAUAUGUAGUUAGUAUAUAGUUCCUCUUGCUGCGUUUUAAAGGUCAAUUAGUUCCUGUAAAAAGUGAGAUAAAUAUUUAUGAAUUUUUGGGGGGUAAAAAAAAAAAAAAUUAAAAAAAAGCUGACAAAUAUUCAGGCCAUUUAUGAGGGGCACAGUGAUCAGAGUUCUUUUUUUUCAUAUGAUUAAUGAAAAUCUGACAGCACUAAUUUGGAGGUCCACAGCAGACAUGCCUUUCAAACUGAAAUUACAUACAAGAUGUAAUCUAUUUUUCAGAUUCCUUUGACCACCAGGAUCAGCCAUAUUAU